AUGUCUCAUAAUAUUUUCAUGGAACUUGCUCCUUAUGGUUCUCUUGGUGAAUUAAUUAGAAAGGGAGGAGCACUAUUCGAGGCUACCGUUAGAAUUUACACACAUAUGCUCCUGAAAGGACUUCAUUGUAUUCAUGAAAAAGGAGUGGUUCAUUGUGAUUUAAAACCAUACAACAUUCUUAUGUUUCCAACAUGGAAGAGUCAAACAUGGAAUCAAGUGAAGAUUGCUGAUUUUGGGUUGGCCAAGACUAGAGAAGAGGCAGAUGCUGAGUUAGGACUUAGAAAGCUGAAAUUUAGAGGAACAGCUUGUUACAUGUCACCAGAAUCAGUUAUUGGUGUGAUUGGAACUGCAUUGGAUAUAUGGUCUCUAGGGUGCAUUGUAAUUGAAAUGAUGACUGGAUUGGAUGCAUGGAACAACAUUGAAAGCCGAAAGGAUCUAAUGUUGAAGCUUGCAUUACACAGAGAAGCACCACCAAUACCUGAGGGAAUGAGUUGGGUCUGUAAAGAUUUUUUGAGCAAGUGUUUUGUCAAGAAUCCGACACGCAGAUCCACUGCCGCAAUGCUUCUCAACCACCCUUUUAUUAAUUCUUCAUAUGACAAUAACAUGCAGACCAGCCACACAGAUUAUCAAACCCCUUCUCAAUCUGUCACUAAUUCAUCUUUAUUUUCAUAUGAUCUUUUUGAUUACCUACCACGUUACUAA